AUGGUAAAACAAAAAGAAAACAGGAACAGGACGGUGAUGCUGUAUGACUUCUCAUUGGAAAAAAAAAUGAUCAAGUGGGCUGAAGAUAUAAAAAAAAAUGAAACUGCCCAGGGAGAAGCUGAAUGCAAGGCAGAAGAAGCACUAGGGAACUCAAAAGCAGCUCCAGGGGUCAGCAACAAAAUGGGAUUCUCAGAAGGACCUUGCCUUGAGGCCAUGCCUCCUCCCAUUAACCCCAUCCUCGCUAGCCUGCAGCACAAUAAUAUUCUCACUCCUACACCAGCCAACAGCAGCUCUUUGAAGCAAAAGGUUCUCAGCCCAACUUGCCCAAAAGCCAACUUCAACACAGCUGAUUUUGAAUGUGAAGAAGACCCAUUUGACAAACUGGAAUUAAAAACUAUCAAUGAUAAGGAGGAAUUAAAAAAUAUUCUUGAAAUUCAUGUUGGUAGUACUGAGCCAGUUGUCACCCAGCUGUUAGAUAAUACUUUGCCCAAAGGAGGAUCUGAGUCUGUGUUACAAGAUGAGAAAGUUCUGGCAUCCAUAGAAAGGACCACAUUGGACUUCAAACCCCUUCACAAACCCAAUGGCUUUAUCACUUUACCACAGUUGGGAAACUGUGAAAAGAUGUCCUUGUCUUCCAAAGUGUCCAUGUCCCCUAUUCCUUCAGUGAGCAAUAUCAAAUCCCUGUCCUUUCCUAAACUUGACUGUGAUGAGUGUGAUCAAAAAUCAUUAAAAUUCACAAGCACUCUCCACAGGACUACCAGUUUCCACAAUGGCACUUUUCUCAGCUCUUUGCAGACCUGUGCUCAGAGUAAAUCUAGUGAACUGAAUGGACAACACCAUAUGGUUGGUCUUUCCACUGUAAAUGAGGACAGUGACAUGGAGACAUAAACAUUAUCCUCUUCAUCCAGACGACCUUUCUUGGCUGUGUCAACAGUUUGUACAGAAGAAGAAUCAUCUCAGAACACAGCGACUAUGGGGUCCGGUGCCACCAGGGAGAGGGCCUCCAUUUCCUCCCUGGCUGUACCUGUCCAUACCCUGAAUACACAUAAACCUUUUCCCUUGGGGGUAGCUAAGCUGAUUCAUCAACUGGAGAGUCAGGCUGUCAUCGAGAAAGCUCAUUCACCUUUCAGCAGUCCCAUCCGGCCUGUGCACAAGCCUAAGGGAGACUGGAAGCUGACAGUUGAUUUUCACGCCCUCAACGAGGGGACUCCACCCAUGAGCACAGCUGUGCCGGACAUGCUGGAACUCCAGUACAAGCUGGAAUCGAAGGGGUUCAGUUCGGGUGUUAUUGGGGCGUGCUGUCUGAAGGCUCCAAGGCAACGACAGGCUGGAGCGGCAGCUGGCCAGGAGCGCCUUGGAGGAAUUUUCCCUGAGCUGAUGCAAAGUGCCGUGGGCUGGAAUUAUGCAGCGGCGGUGGUGGCCCCAAAAGCGGCAAAGCGGCUAGGAGCGGACAACACCUUCCGGGGGGACAACAUGUCCAGGCAAGAAUAG